AUGCAUUACAACUGCAGCCCUGGAAACUUCUCCUCCCACUCUCUUGGAGGUUACUUGGGAUACCCAGUUUCCACCUAUGAUUCUUUCUACCCCAGCAAUGUAGUCUACUCUCCCAGCACCUGCCAGCUGGGAUCCUCUGUCCUUGGUGGCUAUCAGGAGACCUGCUGUGAGCCCACCAGCUGCGGGACGUCCUGUGCUGGGGCCAGAUCCUACCAGACAUCCUGCUUCUGCCCAAAGAAUUCCAUCUUCUUCAGUCCCUGCCAAACAAAUUACACAGGGUCUCUGGCCAGUAUUUCCACAUCCCAGAGACCCUGUGUAAUCACGGAUAUUGGACAGGCUACACGUUAA